AUGUUUGGUAAAGUAUGCAUGAAUGGUGUUUUGUAUUUCGGAGCUAAGUUGGGACAGUCAGCUAAGUUGGGACAGUCUCGUGUGAUAGUUUGCUUCGACGUUAGGUCUGAGAAGUUCAGCUUUAUCAACUUAGAUAAAGACAUGUUAGCAGAGGAUAAUGCUUAUGGUGGUUGUUUGGCUUUGUUCAACUACAAAGGUAAAUUAGGUUUACGUGAGGGAACAGCUUAUUGGAGUACAAAACUUGUUUUGUGGGUUCUAGAAGAUGCUGGAAGUCAUGAAUGGUCCAAGCAGACAUGUGUAUUGCCUCAUUUAAGAAGCACGAAACGUUUUGUUGGAAUGACUGGCACUGGUGACAUCGUGUUCUCGUCGCUCAGAAACAAACGAUCAGACCUUUUCUGCGUUUACUUGUACAAUCUUGAGAGCAAAACCUUCACAAGCGUCAAUAUUCAGGGAUUUGAAGAGUUUUUGCAUCGUAAUAUUCGCACCGUUUUAGACUAUGUGGAGAAUAUUAAGUUUAUAUAA